AUGAUUGCACCGCGGGUGUCGUUUGGUUUGGAAAGAGCUAGGCAAGCUAUCAAGUGGCAGAAAACGAUGAUGAUAAGCUUCAUUGUAAUCUUGCAUUGUGCCCCCUUCACUAAUUUGGCACCGCUUCCGAAUUCUGAAAACCAGGAGAACCCUAGUGGUGUGAUUCAAACCGUCGAAACUCUAGGUCGCACCGUGGGUGGCUUGAAGGAUGACGCUAAAUCCAGUGCAGUUUGGCAUGACUCGAAGCACCUGAAAGGCGAUGAUCUCAAAUAUUUUGCAAGCGAUUCGGUCUCACAAAGUCGUGGUGUUGAUGAUCAUCCACCAAGCACAGGAUACAUCUAUUGGCCUCACUAUUUUCACGUCAAGCGUCCAACUGUAACGCAUCAAGAAUUGCUUGCCCGAGAUGAUUUACUCACCAAGUCUAUCCACAACAAUCCAAAUUUUGAGGCUCUGGAUAGAGAGCAUGCCCGAAUCCAGGCCUCUUUACUGAAACAAGCCGAAGGCAUUGAACUUCUUCAAAUUGAAUGGAAGGAUCGACUUGUCAGGGAAUUCAAAAAAGGCGGAACCCAUACUGGUUUGCGUAGGUUGCGCCAAGUUAUCACCAAAGAGACGCAAGGACAACUUCGUACAGAAUUGUUAGAAGAUGUGAAAUUAGCGGAGCAGGAUUUUGAAUUGAAAGGCUGGUGGUUUAAAUUAGUCAAUUUUUUCCUCUAUCUCUUCGAAAGAGAAAAAUGGAGAAAAGAAAACAUUUCGAUGAAAUUAAGCAAACUAAGAAGAAAUUUUCAGAAUUCCAAAGCCCUCUCAAAUGACAAUGAAUGGACUGCGAUAAACCGAUUAUCGAUUCUUGAAAGCCGAGGCUUUGAUUUUUCAGACCGACAAGCUCAACUGAUCGAGAAUAUGUCAGCUGGUAACUCUCAGCUCACCUCUGAUGAUAAGAGUUUAAUUACCGAAAUAUCUUGUCAAACGGUGACGCAAAGGCAGCUCAUGAGGAUCGAAAGUCUGAAGGAAUCUUAUUCCGCAACUACAGAGGGGGAGCCCACUCAUAAAAUGAUGGUCAAAAUUGUUGAAGCAUUAGACCAGCUUCAAGAAAAUAUAAGGCAAGGAGAAGUGUGGCACAAGAGCGAGAUAGAGCUCUUAUCAACCAUGGAAACGUUGAAAGAUGUACACGAGUUCUCAUCUGUAAACGGCUUGAAUCUGGAUAGAAAAACUAAAAGGGUGCUUCGGAACCUCUUGGUGGAAAGGAACAAAUCAGAGCAGAAAUCGUCACGCAUGAAAGCUUUUUCUAUCUUGGACAUGGAUCUCAAACUGUCUUUACAUGAAGAGCUCGUUCUAGAUAAGCUCAGGGAACACAAGAUCAAUCCCAAACCUGAUCUUACACCGGGCCAGAAAGAAACAAUCAAAGAUCGGGCCAACGAGUAUGAUAUCCAGCUUGAGCGCAUCAGAGAAUUUCACAAAAAUACCCACCUGAUUGAAACGGCUCGGAAUCAUCUCCAAGAUCGUGAAAAAUUCGAAAACCCCUCAUCUCAAGCACUAUCAGAAAGAACAAGAUAUGGAUAUGCAUAUAAAGCUUUACAGGCCAUGAAAACAAGGGGGAUCACCCUCACGGCCAAGGAAGAAACCUUACUGGACCAGUUAAAGUCUGCUUCAAAACUUGAAGACCUGGACAAGAAUGAGAUUGAAAAAUUUGCAAUCGAACACAUCUUGAUCAAAAAGAUUAACAAUUGUCAUUAUCUUCGGAUCAUUGCAAACCAAUUAGCACAUUCCAAUGCAGAGUUCUUAGUCCCUCAAAAUGAGAAAAAUAAAGAGUUUCCAAUCAUUUUCAAGAAUGAAGAAUUGGAAGAAAUUUCCAGAUUACGAACAUUAUCUAGAGAUGAUAAUGAUGAUCAAGAGUUUUUGAAUGCGACUAAAUUUGUCAAGAUUUUGACAAUUUUGAAUCGAGUAGAUUAUAGAGCAAAACUCACCAGAUUUGAACUUGAAAAUCCAAAGUCAAUAAGAAUUCAACAAGCCAUUCACAAAAACAAGAACAAUCGACUCGAAGCUUGCAAGGCAGAAUUCCUAAAAAUGCAAGCUAUCCCAUCUGAAUUCCAAAGGAUCACAAACUUUCUAAUAGAUGCUCUUCAAGUGAAGUGUAAAUAA